CGGAGGCUUGCGGGUCGCCAGUUCGCCACGCCCACUCGGGUCCAUGUUUUAGCCGCCACCGAUCCGACGGGCCGACCAAAACCCUAGCCGUCUCACCGCCGCCGCAAAUCUUAAACCCCCAGCGUGCGCCGGACCAACCUCGCUGGCGGCUGCCAUGGCGUUCACCGCCCGCAUGAAAGACCUCAUGAAGAAGUACGGGAAGGUGGCCCUCGGCGUCCACGUGUCCGUCUCCGUCGCCUCCGUCUCCGGCCUCUACGUCGCCAUCAACAACAACGUCGACGUCGACGCCCUCUUCAACAAGUUCGGCAUGUCCACCGGCGUAUCCGGUGAGGCCACCACGGCCCCCGCUCCCGCCACCGCCGACGUCGUCAUCGGCCAGGAGCCGCCGGAGCGGCCGCGCAACCGGACGGCGGAGCUCGUGGCGUCCAGCGGCGGCACGCUCGCCCUCGCCGUCUUGUGUAACAAGGCCCUGUUCCCCGUCAGAGUACCCAUCACCAUCGCGCUCACCCCUCCCAUCUACAGGAUCCUCGCCCGUUGGAAGCUCGUCAAGACCUGAGCUGUGUUUCGUUGCAAGUGCUGUGGUAGGUUGCUGCAUCAAGGAUCCAUGGUCUACCUCCUGCUAUGGAGCGACAUUGUAAAUUACUCCAUGCUGCUUUUUGGUGCACUUGCAGCAAAGUUUCACAUCUGGGAACUCUUGUGUUUUUCUUUGAACUGAAGGCAGCACCUCAUUCUCUGACCUUGUAACAUCUACAAAUACCUGUAGAACAAAAUAAGCACUAUGACUAAUGCACGAACAACAAUUUACUGGUAGGCUUUGCGGAAAUGGUGAUCUCUUGCUGUUUAUCAAUGUUUGGUUUGUCACGACAUGAACUGAAAUCACGUACAGCUCUUCUUUUGUUUAAGAGAUGUGCUUUGUAACAGCUGCGAUAUGAUCUGUUAACUGUUAUGUUUGGUUUGUCAUGACAUGAACUGAAAUCAUUUACAGCU